AUGUCAACGAAACAUCAUUUUCUCUUGCUCUAUGCUUUUUCACUACUCACGGCUUAUUCAACACUCACCUGGAACCUGCCGCCGGAAACCCAUAUUCCGAAUUUAGUGCAGUUAGUAAGGAAAAUCAAUUUGGAGCGAAAAAUAGAUGCAAUUCUCAUUAUGAACGCCCUCAAUACAAGGAAGUGCUGCCUCUCCGAUGAGGACAUUAAAAUACUCAGCACGAACAGGACGGUUAGACUCUUGCAAGCGGAAACCAACUGCAGUCACUCUUUCGCUGACCUUAAUGAGGAUAUGCUCUUCAUACGUUGUGUGUCGGAGAACUUUGCACCAGAACAAUUAGAUCAAAUGGUCGUUUGUCUAGAGAAUAGACGUAAUGUGCGGAUGAUGUUUAUCUGGAGUAGCGAAUACACGGAGGUGACGUCUCCGCAACGAGCAGAACUGAUGCAAGAACAAGAGAAACUCUUUACAUACUGUGCCUCUAAGCGCUUACUCAAUGUGAUCGGCAUAUAUCGAGAUUUCCUGCGUGAUGGACACUACUACACUUACAGUUAUUUCCCACACUUUCAGCUGCAACGAAAAACGUUAGCCGAGGAUUGCUUUCCCGAUCGUGUUAAGGACGUAAAGGGACUUGCCAUACGCACAGUACCCGAUCAACUCGAGCCGUGGAGUCUUGUUUGGCGUGAAGAUAAUGGCACAGUUAAUGUUAUCGGUUUUUUAAAGAAAUUCCUACAAGAAUAUGCUAAGCGCAUCAACGGCUCAAUCUCCUACCCAUUGCCAGUUGAGCCGGAAAAUGUCCCAGACAUGUCUACGCUGAUUUCUUUACUAAAAAAUGAUACAUUAGACAUUGUGAUGAGCUCAACCACGGGCAGAACAUAUGAUGUUGAUGUAACGGCUGUCAUAAGUCUCGUCGAUUUGACGAUUAUGUUACCCAUUCCUGGGCAGAUGAUGGAGAGCGAGCUGCUGCCGUAUCUCUUCAAUUCGCUACUGGGCUUAGCUGCGCUCAUACUACUCUUCGUUUUCGCCUUUCUACUUACCGCAGAAUUUUUUCUUUUACAAGGUUACACCGCGACGGAGAUACUGUGCUCUUACAGCGAGAUACUCUUGAAUGUGGUGCUUCGCAACUUACUCGGCCAAGCAUCGUGCACACGUGUGAGUGUUUCGUCAAAGUUGGGAAAACGUCUCUUAUUCAUGGCACUCCUAUUUACCGGCAUCCUUAUGAGCACCUUAAUAAAUGCCAGUCUUAAUUCGUAUCUGACCAACCCUAUAAGCUAUCCGCGCUUAAAAACCUUUGAAGAUCUUAUAAAUUCAGGUCUAACGGUGAAAACAAGUCCAGAUACUUAUAGCACGCUCGAUAACUACUUCACUGCAGAUAAUAUUAAUAAAUCGAAGAGUGUAUUUUCACCCGCAACUUCUUCUAAAGAUCUGAAUCUUCAGCGUAACUCCUUCGAUCGUCGCUAUGGUUAUACACUCCUCAGUAGCCUAUGGGAUAUUUUGGAAAGAUACCAAACAUUCUUGCCGGAGCCACUUUUCUACGUUAGUGAGGAAAUUUUCAUAGUAAAACGCCAACCCAUGGCAUUUCCAAUGCAAAAAUAUUCUAUUUUCAAGGAAUCGCUGGAUUUAAUGAUUGAUAAUCUACAAAGCGCCGGAAUCGUCAUAUUUUGGAGCAAGCAGACGUAUGAAGACAUGAUCGUAGCGAAGAAAUUAAAUGCCACACAUCAGUGGAGAAAGAUGCGCCGUGGAUACUUAGGUUUUGAGGAUCUCUACUGGUUGUGGUUCUUUUACAUCUUCGGUGUGGGCAUAUCGAUGCUGGUAUUCCUCACUGAAAUGUGGUUUUACAGUAGAACAAAGCAGAAUGGAAAGGUGAAAUGCUCAAUAAAGAAUUUUAAUUUGAGGAAAGUUAAGCGUAAGAAAUAA